AUGGCUCAUGGCGAGCCUCGACAAAUCGACACGGUCAUUGUGGGAAACGGCCCCUCGGCGCUGAUUCUAUCCUACAUUCUUCACGGGAACAUCCCCUGGUACGACGAGUCGAGUCCGCAUCCUGACCGGAUCCUACACGACAAGCUCGUCCGGUCUAGCCAUGACCAUGACUUGCUCAGUCUCGACAUCGACGCCGUGACCGACCAUUUCGCAGCCUCGAGGUUCUCAUACUCGACUCAAGCUCUCCCCGUCAAUGUCCUGCUGGACACGCUGGUGAGACCGUUGGGGGAGACGGACGACGCGCAAAAGAAAACAUGUGUGAAAUGGUGUCAAGACCCGUCCCGGGCAAUCUCGCAUCUGGUCAUCGGGAACACGCCGCGUGCCGGCGGCCAAUGGGUUGACGACCCCGUCCACGCGAGUUGGGAUAUCGAGACACUGAGCUAUGCGGGAAUGAUAUCGCUGCCGGGAUAUGGCUUUGACGUGCACUAUGAGCGGCAAAAUGGACGGCCCAUGCCCGUCUAUCUGAGACCGUCGAGGCGCGCUGUGGCAGACUAUCUCGCCGCGUAUCCUGAGCAAGCGGGAAUCGGCGACUCGAUCUCCAACGGAGAACAAGUGUCCGGGGUUUCGCGACAUGGAGAUGGAUUCUACAUUGCGUCGCAUAACCUCGUGUGCAAGAAUCUGGUCCUGGCAUCUGGUAUCUUCAGCCACUUGAUCCCGCCGCCGCCCUCCCUGCGACCCCUCCUGCGCCUACACGACGACCAUCGCAGUAGGACCGGCGCCGGCGCCGACUCCGGCUCUCUCUUGCUGAUUGGCUCUGGCUUCAGCGCCGCGGACGUGAUCAUCUCGAGUCCUCCAAACCAAAGAAUUCUGCAUGUGUACAAAUGGGCCCCGUCGACGUCUCCCUCUCCUCUCCGAGCCUGCCACCAGCAAGCAUACCCCGAGUACGCCGGAGUCUACCGACGGAUGAAACUCGCGGCGAUGUCGUGCUCAGCGUCGAAAGACAAGAGUCCGCGUCCUCGUCCGCGACAUACCCACGCCGACUUCGACCUGAGCCGGGAUUGGGCUUCGACGUACGAGGGCCUCCCAAACGCCGAAAUCACCGAUGUUCAACUAACCGAUGACGGAGCCGCUUUGGUGACCUUCCAGAUGGGAUCCGCACCAGUCUUCCAACGCCGAGUCAGUUCUUUUGCGAAUGUGAUCGGACGACGCGGCUCGUUGGAUUACCUGUCAUCGGAAUUACUGAGAGAAGUCAUGCCACAGACGUCCGGGGAAGACAGUGGCCUGAUCUCGGGCCAGACCUUGCGCGAGAAGGCGAACGAGGACCUCGAAGUCGCUCCCAACAUCUUGAUCGUCGGAAGUUUGACCGGUGACUCGCUGAUUCGCUUUGCAUACGGCGGAUGUGCCUAUGCCGCCGGGAAGAUCGCCAGCCGCCGACCGACUGCUGUGACGGGGCGGGCCAACGAUGUGAACAGUACUAGUCUGAGUACGGAGAAGGACAAGAGCUCGAACGGGAUCCAGGUCUCGUUGAAAGAGAGCUUAAGCCGGUGUCAGACCCCCUCGCCGCGGAUUCCCGCCAUGAACGGCCUGGACGGACACGCCCCGAGUCCCGUGAGUCUGGCAGACAAAGGCACGCCGUCGGACAGAUUGGAGGAGUGA